CUCGGUGCCUACAAAAACCCUACACCGCUCUCAAAACGUCCUUUCACACAAUAACAGUAGAUCAACGAUCCAACAAGUCAAAAUGAAAGUCUUACUUAGCGUCUUUGCAGUGGUUGCCUUAAUGGCCCUAUUCGUCUUUGCUGAGGAGGAAGAGGUGAAGCCAAGGAUAUUCCAAGGAUUUGACAGUGAUACUAAAACACCAUGCAACGUUACAGAGUGCUUUGAAACCUGCAGAAAACAGUCUGCUAUAAUUGGUGUUUGCAUCGAAGGAGUAUGUCGUUGCUUGCGUUGGUAGAGCAUUGGAUAAUUCAUCACCUCUCAUUAUACAGGAA